AUGGGUUUCGCCACCGGAUUCACUGGCGGCGUCGCCCUCACCCUCUCGGUCGCGUACCUCUCCGUGCUCGCCCACCAGAGGAACCGCGAGCACCAGGGCCACUCUCUGCGCGCACAGGCCCUGGCCGUCCAGAGCCUCAUCGACCCCGUCCCCCCGCCGCUGCCGCCCUCCCGGUCCCAAGUCGCCGCGGCCAAGCGCGCCGAGGCCGUCGAGGUUGCCAAGGAGCGGUGGAACCACGAGGUCGAAAACGCCGUCCGGUGGGUCCAGCGCACCGACUGGCACGACGUCCGCGAGGGCCUGGAGGACCGCGUCGCCGCCCUCUGGAGCAGGGCCUUUGGGCAGGCGGCGCACGACGGCGCCGCCGAGGCUGUCGGCAGCCAGCUGCGGACGGGGGCCAGCAAGGCCGCAGCGGAGGCGCGUGACGCCGCCGGCAGAAUCGCAUCCGGGAGCAGGCGCACCGUCGAGAGUGCUGCGGCGGAGGCGGAGAAUCUCGAGGCCAAGGUCCAGGACAAGGUGCUGCAGGCCAGGAUGGCCGCGUGGAGGGACGCCCAGCGGGCCGAGAACCAGGCUCUCCGGAAGGCGUCCGAGGCGGAGGAUGCGGUCGGGGCGGCGCUCCACGCCGUCGGCGACAAGGCUGCCGAGGUGGCCGGCAAGGUCGGGUCGGCGGUUGGUCUGUCUGGCGGCCGUGCCGCUCCUGCUGCUGCUGCUGCUGCUGCUGCUGCGGGCCGAGGCGACGUCUCGGCCGCCAACGCGGUCCGGAAGGCCCUGGACCAGCGGUUCGAGAAGAGGGGCGUCGACAAGCGCACGGCGGCGGAGGUGCUGACGCAAAGAUACACGCCGAUGGACAGGCGGGACAACACCGUGCUGAGGGGACUAUAG